UGAAGACCAUGUGUUGUACAGGGAAGUGUUCCCGCCUGGUGGGCCUGAUCCUGCUGCCCUCAGCGUUCAUCUGCAUGAUCGCCAACCUGCUGCUGUUCUUCCCCAAUGGGGAGGAACAGGAGAGAGACCACAUCUCCACCCAGGCCUGGCUCAUGGGGGGGCUCAUCGGAGGAGGUGUCUUUAUGUUGUGUCCGAGCUGCUCAGCUAUCAGGGCCGGGGGCAAGGGUUGCUGCGGAGCAGGUUGCUGUGGCAAUCGUUGCCGGAUGCUCAACUCGGUGUUCUGCUCUGCUUUCGGUUUGCUCGGAGCGGUCUACUGCAUCUUUGCGUCCUCAUGGGGUCUUGCUGUUGGACCCAAGUGCGAGGUGGCCAAUGAAUGGAUAUACCCCUUUGAAAAAUUGGAAGGGGGCAGCUACCUUACGAACCAGACUAUGUGGACCACCUGCGAAAAACCUGCUAACGCAGUGAUGUGGCACGUCGUCCUGUUCUCCAUGCUGCUGGCCAUGGGGUUGCUGCAGGCGGUGCUCUGCGGCAUGCAGGUGGUCAACGCCUGCUUGGGGUGCUUCUGCGGGGACUGCCGCAAGAGAAAAGAUGAUGAAGGUGGACUGUAAACCUGAGGAAGAUCGCCUGGUCAUCUUCACAAGGGCCAGGAGGCAUUUCUGCUUUUCACUUGUUUCCCAGUGCUCACGUUGAGGGAUCCCCCUCUUUGAAACAUGUUGGGGUUUUCUUUUGAUACCCGA